CCGUCACAAGUGUCGCAAUCAGACCUCGAGCCGUUCGCCGGCUCGGAGUGUCGUAAAAGCACUGUCCUGUCCACAGGCAACGCUGCAAGGCGCAGUAGCCUUCCGUUUUCACCGGGUGCACGUGCGUGUGCGUGUUUCAGCGUGACUGCUGAGGUGAAGGGAAAAGUCUUCUCCAUUAGCAAACACGGCUGGCUAGCAUGGAGGGAGCCGACGAGUACAGCAAGUACCGCUCACCGCUGGUGUCCAGGUAUGCCAGCAAAGAAAUGGCCUACAACUUCAGCGACAGGAAGAAAUUCACAACCUGGAGGAAGCUGUGGAUCUACCUGGCCAAGGCUGAGAAGGCUUUGGGGCUGCCCAUCACCGACGCUCAGAUCCUGGAGAUGGAGAGCCGCGCCGAGGACAUCGACUUCGCCAUGGCCGCCGAGGAGGAGCGCAAGCUCCGGCACGACGUCAUGGCCCACGUGCACACCUUCGCCAGCUGCUGCCCCGCCGCCGCGCCCAUCAUCCACCUGGGAGCCACCUCGUGCUACGUGGGAGACAAUACCGACCUGAUUAUGCUGCGCGAUGGCUUCGACAUCCUUCUGCCUAAGCUGGCCAGAGUCGUUGACAGGCUUGCAAACUUCGCAGAGAAAUACGCUGACCUGCCCACCCUCGGCUUUACGCACUACCAGCCCGCCCAGCUGACCACUGUGGGGAAGCGAGCGUGUCUAUGGCUGCAGGAUCUGGCCAUGGACAUGCGCAACCUGCAGCGAGCGCGCGACGACCUGCGCUUCCGAGGGGUGAAGGGGACCACCGGCACCCAGGCCAGCUUCCUACAGCUCUUUCAGGGGGACCAUGACAAGGUGGAAGAACUUGACAGGAUGGUGACGGAAAUGGCCGGCUUUAAAAAAGCCUACCUGGUGACUGGACAGACAUACAGUCGUAAGGUGGACGUCGACUGUCUGUCCAACUUGGCCAGUUUGGGAGCAACUGUCCAUAAGAUCUGUACAGACAUCCGUCUGCUGGCCAACCUGAAGGAAAUCGAGGAGCCUUUUGAGAAAGAGCAGAUUGGCUCCAGCGCCAUGCCCUACAAGAGGAACCCCAUGCGCUCGGAGCGCUGCUGCAGCCUGGCCCGGCACCUGGUGGCGCUGAUGGCCGACCCGCUGCAGACGGCCUCCGUCCAGUGGCUGGAGCGCACGCUGGACGACAGCGCCAACCGGAGGAUCUCCCUGCCCGAGUCCUUCCUCACGGCGGACAUCAUCCUCAGCACGCUGCAGAACAUCACGGAGGGCCUGGUGGUCUACCCCAAAGUCAUAGAGAGACACAUCCGCCACGAGCUGCCCUUCAUGGCCACGGAGAACAUCAUCAUGGCCAUGGUGAAAGCGGGGGGGAACCGGCAGGACUGCCACGAGAAGAUCCGCGUCCUGUCCCAGGAGGCGGCGGCCGUGGUCAAACAGGAGGGCGGAGACAACGACCUGCUGGCAAGAGUCCAGCGAGACCCGUACUUCGCUCCCAUCCUGGGCCAGCUGGACGCCCUGCUGGACCCCAAGACCUUCAUCGGCCGAGCCCCUCAGCAGGUCAGCAGGUUCCUGUCAGAGGAAGUGCGCCCCCUGCUGGAGCCCUACAAGGCCAAGAUGGAUGUCAAGAUUGAACUGGAGCUGUGACACACACAUAGCUUCUGCCACGCACGCAGGACUGGAGAAAGAGACUUUUGGUGCUCCUUGAUGAAUCAAUAAAGAAGGUGGUUGUCAUUUCUCUCCACUUGUUUUUUUUUUAUUUUGGUCAGCUGCUUUUUAUUGCCAGUACUACUGCCAG